GAGGAGGAAAGCCAUUACAUUCACAUCUGGAAGUCUGAAACUCUUGGAGAGGUUUCUGGUGACAAAAUGAGGGAAACACACUUGCUGCUUUUGGUUUGCGGAGUUCUCGCCUGCUUUACCCUUUCGUUGGUGAAAGCAGAGGACCCUUACAGAUUCUAUACUUGGACUGUAACCUACGGAACUAUUUAUCCUCUCGGUGUCCCUCAACAGGGUAUUCUCAUCAAUGGCCAAUUUCCUGGUCCAAGACUUGAUGUUGUCACCAACGAUAACAUAAUCCUCAACCUCAUUAAUAAGCUGGACGAGCCUUUCUUGUUAACAUGGAACGGUAUUAAGCAGAGGAAGAACUCAUGGCAAGAUGGAGUGCUUGGGACUAACUGCCCUAUCCCUCCGAACUCAAACUACACAUACAAGUUCCAAACUAAGGAUCAGAUUGGGACCUACACAUAUUUCCCAUCUACUCUAAUGCACAGAACUGCUGGUGGGUUUGGAGGACUGAAUGUCUAUGCAAGGUCUGUGAUACCAGUCCCAUAUCCUCGACCUGCUGAAGAUUUCACUUUGCUUGUUGGCGAUUGGUACAAGAACAACCACAAGAACUUACAACAAUUGCUGGAUUCAGGGAAUACUCUUCCUUUCCCUGAUGCCAUUCUUAUAAAUGGCCAAGCUCAUUCUACCUUCAGUGGCGAUCAAGGUAAAACCUACAUGUUCAGGAUCUCUAAUGUAGGCCAUUCAACCUCCUUUAACUUCAGAAUUCAGGGACACACAAUGAAGUUGGUUGAGGUCGAAGGAUCUCACGUCAUACAGGGCAUGUAUGAUUCUCUUGAUGUACAUGUUGGCCAAUCUUUAUCUGUCUUAGUCACCUUGAAUCAGGCUCCGAAGGAUUAUUACAUUGUUGCGUCUACACGCUUCACAAAGCAAGUUCUCACAGCAACUUCAGUGUUACAUUACUCAAACUCUCAAUCCUCAGUUUCCGGUCCAUUGCCUGCUGGCCCAACUUACCAAAUACAGUGGUCUAUGAAGCAAGCCAGAACCUUCAGAUGGAAUUUGACAGCAAAUGCAGCCAGGCCUAAUCCUCAAGGCUCAUUCCAUUAUGGGAAAAUUACACCAUCGAAGACGAUUAUCUUGGCCAACUCAGCAGCUCUGAUAAAUGGAAAGCAGCGUUAUGCUGUUAAUAGGGUCUCUUACAUUAACCCUGACACCCCUCUAAAGCUCGCUGACUAUUACAAUAUCCCCGACGUCUUCAGUAUGGACACCAUCCAAGCAAAUCCCACAGAGGGUCCUGCAUUCUAUGGUAGCUCUGUCAUGCCUACUUCUCUCCAUGAUUUUAUUGAAGUUGUCUUCCAAAACAACGAGAACACAAUCCAAUCUUGGCAUCUUGAUGGUUAUGAUUACUGGGUUGUCGGUUACGGACGUGGACAAUGGACACAAGCCAGUAGGAAUACAUACAAUCUAGUUGAUGCACUCACUAGACAUACUGCUCAGGUUUAUCCAAAUUCUUGGACAGCUAUAUUGGUGUCAUUGGACAACCAAGGUAUGUGGAACAUAAGGUCUGCAAUGUGGGCAAGGCAGUACUUGGGUCAGCAACUCUAUCUCAGGGUUUGGACCUCAACAAAGAGUCUCGCUAACGAAUACGACAUCCCUUCAAAUGCCAUCCUUUGUGGCAAAGCUGUAGGAAGGCAUGCUUAGUUUGUUUCAUUAUUAAUCUAUUUGGUACCUUCAGUCAUAAGGGUUUGACUGCAAG